CGCGCUGUGUACUGGUACCAUGUAGGUCUGUGUCACGCAGUGCCCAUUAAACUUACCAACAGCGGUUCUCAACAUAACCGCAAUAGCCAAAUUAACAAAAAAUUAAGGUUUUUUAAUGCAUUUGGCUCUGGCAGUGCGAUAACAUGCUGAUAGUUUAAUUUGUUUUAUUAUCUUAAUUGUGUUUAGCUGUUUUGUGUUCAGUGAAUGACUAUUUAGCAGUUUUCAUACAAUAAGAAAGUGCAUAUGCUGAGAUUAUAAUAAAGGAUAAAGGAAGUGCAUUUUAGAGCGAAACUCGUAUGGUAACCUUCUCAAUAAUGUUCCGACCUUGGGAGCUUCUAAUUUAUAUUUUAAUAUCAUCUCCUAUUGUACACGCACAGUUCUUAAACUCCAGGCAGCCACGAGUUAGGAAUUAUCCUGUUAAAGCAUCUGUAAAUCAUGUUCAACGAGGAGAUCAAACACCGGGACCAGAUAACAAUCCUGAUAUACCAAAUGCAGAGGUGGUUCAUCCUCUGGCUAAGCUGCAUACAGAUAAUAGCCAGUCUAUAAUUGGAUAUGAGCCGAAACAUCAUCCUUGUGAGCAAAGUUCAUGUUACCCUGCUACUGGAAAUUUGCUGAUAGGUAGAGAGAAUCAGCUCUAUUCGUCGUCAACAUGUGGACUUGAUAAAAGAGAGAGAUACUGUAUAGUAUCCCAUUUGGAUGAAGAAAGGAAAAAGUGUUUUUGGUGCGACUCAAGACCUACCAACAAACCGAAUCCUUUGUAUAAUCACAACAUAAGCAAUAUUGUUUAUCGGAUGUAUCCAGGAACGAGAACUAGAUCAUGGUGGCAAUCAGAAAACGGCAAAGAAAAUGUCUAUAUCCAACUCGAUCUGGAAGCAGAAUUUCAUUUCACUCAUUUGAUAAUAACUUUUAAAACCUUCAGACCAGCUGCGAUGCUUAUAGAACGAUCUUAUGAUUUCAAGCAAACUUGGCAGGUUUAUAGAUAUUUUGCUCAUAACUGCACGGAAAGUUUCCCCAAUAUUAAACAAGGACAUCCAGGAAAUUUAACUGACGUAGUAUGUGAAUCUAGAUAUUCUGCUCUAGCUCCUGCUACUGAUGGCGAGGUAAUUUAUAGAGUUUUGCCUCCGACUAUGCCAGUUGAUAAUCCGUAUUCAGAGCAAGUCCAAAAUUUAUUGAAAAUGACCAAUUUGAGAAUAAAUUUUACGAAACUUCACACUCUAGGUGAUGACCUGCUGGACCAAAGAGAGGAAAUCCAGGAAAAAUAUUACUACGCUAUCACGGAUAUGAUUGUAAGAGGUUCGUGCUCUUGCUAUGGACACGCCAACAGAUGUCUACCUUUAAAAGGAAUUGAUCCAAAACCAGAUAUGGUUCAUGGCCGUUGUGAAUGUACUCACAAUACGAAAGGAAGAAAUUGCGAAAAAUGUGAAGAUUUCUUCAAUGACUUGCCGUGGAGGCCAGCUAUUGGUAAACAAUCAAAUGCUUGUAGAAGAUGUAAUUGCAACAAUCACGCCAACAGCUGUCAUUUCGAUGCGGCUCUAUUUGAGACUAAAGCAUCAACGAGCGGAGGGGUUUGUGAUGGCUGCCAACAUAAUACCAUGGGGUCCAAUUGCGAAAUAUGCAAACCGUUUUAUUUUAAAGAUCCUGAAAAGGAUAUUCAAGAUCCAGAAGUUUGUCGACCUUGUGAUUGUGACCCUCAUGGAUCCCUUGAUGAAGGUAUUUGUGAUUCUAUCACCGACACGGUUAAUAAUCUCGUGGCAGGAAGCUGCCACUGCAAAACGAACGUUGAAGGUCGCAGAUGUGAUCAGUGUAAGAAUGGGUUCUGGAAUUUCACGGAAAGCAAUGUAGACGGAUGUCAGUCUUGCACAUGUGAUACUUUGGGUACCGUUAAUAAUCAAGGAUGCAAUGUGCAUACUGGAGAAUGUACCUGUAAACGUUAUGUCACCGGCCGGAAUUGCGUCCAAUGUCUACCUCAAUACUGGGGCCUAUCAGAUAAGCAAGAUGGGUGUCAACCUUGCGAUUGUGACUUAGGAGGAUCGUAUGACAAUUUCUGUGAUGUAAUCACCGGCCAGUGCAGAUGUAGAGAUUACAUGUCUGGGAGAAAGUGUGAUACGACAAAGCAACAGUAUUUCAUAGCCAGCCUGGACUUCCUCUUGUAUGAAGCUGAAGCCAGUAAUACUAGUGGCCAAGUGGUGAUCAGGGCACCUUUCAGAGAUGAAAACGAAUAUUUAUCGACUGGCAGUCGAUUUAUUAAAGUAUAUGCUGGUGACUACAUGGAGAUAUAUGUUAAUGAAAUUAAAACAUCUAUGGACUAUGAUUUGAUCAUCAAGUACGAACCAACGUCAUCUGAAAGCAUGGAAGAUGUAGAAGUGACAGUUAAAAGACCUGGCCCUAUAGACCCUAAUGGACCAUGUGCCGACAUAGGCCGCGAAGAUAUCAUGCAUACUAAUUUGCCAUCAAAUCAACGACAGCAAACAGUACGUCCUGAAAUAUGUUUGGAAGCUGACAAAUUCUACAUAAUACGCAUAGACUUCAGUACAAGCAAAAACUACCAAACUCCGCGCACUGCUUCGGUGUUAAUAGAUGCGAUUUGGCUUAGACCAAAAGUUGAAAGCAUUCCAUUCUUUAAUGGCGCGGCUGGUAUUCAGAGACUGGAAGAAUUUACACGUUUUAACUGUGGACACCCUUCAAUGUUCACAAAAGAUGCUAAAGUACCGGAGGUUUGUAAAAAAUAUCAUAUUAGUAUUGCGGCACAAGUAUUCAACGGAGCCAAACCAUGUGAUUGCGAUCCAACAGGAGCAAUAAGCAAGUUUUGUAAGUCACAUGGAGGAAUGUGUAGUUGCAAGCGAAAUGUAAUUGGAAGAAAAUGUGAUCAGUGCGCUCCAAAAACUUACGACUUUGGUCCAGAGGGAUGCAUAACUUGUGAUUGCAACAGCAUUGGAGCUAUAGAUAAUUUAUGCAAUGUCACCACUGGGCAAUGCAAAUGUCGAGCAAAUACCUAUGGAAGAGAAUGUAACCAGUGCCGAGUCGGAUUUUGGAAUUUCCCCAACUGUGCUCGAUGCGACUGCAAUGGGCAUGCCGACACGUGCGAAGCCCAUACUGGUGUAUGCAUCAACUGUAAGGACAAUACAACUGGUGAUCACUGCGAAACAUGUAUUGAAGGAUUCUACGGAAAUCCAAAAAUUGGCGUGGAUAUCCAAUGUAGACCUUGUCCUUGUCCUGGAUCGGCUGGAUCUAAUCAUUCUUAUGCAGACAGAUGUUCUCUGGACCUUCAGACUAAAGAUGUUAUUUGCGAAUGCCAAGAGGGAUAUGCAGGCACAAGGUGCGACGUAUGUUCAGAUAAUUACUAUGGAAAUCCAGAGGUACCAGGGGGCCUUUGUACACCAUGCGAUUGCAAUGAGAAGAUAGACUUAAUCCAGCCUGGAAAUUGUGAUCCUCACACAGGAAAAUGCCUUAAGUGUUUAAAUGAAACCACUGGGGACCACUGUGAAGUUUGUAGAGAUGGUUUCUUCAGAUUUGCAGAAGACCUUCCUUGUCAAGAAUGUUUGUGUCAUAUGCUGGGAACAAACUUCACUUCCGGACCAUGCGAUCCAUCCGGAGGACAGUGCCAUUGUUAUCCACACGUUACUGGAAUUCAUUGCAAUGAAUGUGAACCCGAUCACUGGAAAAUUGCAAGCGGAAAAGGAUGCGAAGCAUGCGACUGUGAUGAGUUUGGAUCGUUGAAUACUCAGUGCAAUUUGUUUGAUGGACAGUGCGAAUGUAAAUCUGGGUUUGGUGGCAGACAAUGUAAUGAGUGUAUGCCCAGAUUUUAUGGCGAUCCCAAAGUGGAAUGCUUACAUUGCGAGUGUGAUGCUGCUGGUGCCAAAAAUCAGCAAUGCGAUAUGCGAACGGGAGCUUGCAUUUGCCAACCGGGAGUUGGAGGACACAAGUGUGAUCAUUGCGAGAGAGGAUUUAUUGGAAACGUUCCCGAUUGUAUUACUUGUGGAGAAUGUUUUGAUAAUUGGGAUAGGAUACUGCAGCAAAGCAAAAAUAAAACAUUGGACAUUAUUAAACGGGCUGGAGACAUCAAGAAAGUAGGAGCUACUGGUGCAUAUACAAAAGAAUUCGAUUCAAUGAAAGCCCGAUUGGAUAAAAUUGAACAACUGUUAAAUAACACCAACGAAGUAGAUGCUGAUGCCAUAGAGGAAGACCUCCAGGUUCUCAGAAGCCAAAUUAACGAAACCGAAAAUGAAAAACUGAAAAUUCUUGAUAAUUCCUUGGCAAACAUAAAACAAAAUAUUCUUCUUACAGAUCGGAAAGUUAAAGCUUUUAACGACAGCAUUGUUGAAUUAAUGAGAAAAACUAAAGAAUUAGAGAAUAACGGCACCAAACUUCAAGAAGCGAAUGUGCUUGGUGCUUUGACACUUAUCAAUGAAGCAAAAAGUAAAGCAGAUAGAGCAGCGCAUAGAGCCGAAUAUUCGAAACAAGAUAUUAGUUACGCUGAAAAUCAAUGCAAAGCAACAGAAACAUUUAUAAAUCAAACGAAGGAUACGUAUCUAAGGCAGUCAGAAGACAACGAAAAUCAGUUGCAAAAUAUCCGAGAAAAAUUGCAUAAUUUAAAUGCACAAAUUCCAGAACUUAAUGAUUUGGUGUGUGAUGGCGCUGGAGAUCCUUGUGACUCUAUUUGUGGCGGCGCUGGUUGUAAAAGUUGUGGAAACUCAAUUUCUUGUGAAAAUGGAGCCAAACAGUUAGCUGAAACAGCGAUUACUCUUGCCAAGAAAACUGAGACAGCAUUGAAGGAAAAAGAAACUGCUGCUAACGAUUUGAUUCGUAACGUUUCUCAAAUUAAUACCAAUGAAACUCGCCGAUUGGCACAGGAAUCGUUUGAUGCUAUAAACAGAACGCUAGGCGAUUCAAACAAUUCCUUAAGCAAAGCUGCCCUUGUCAUAAAAGAGAUGAGCGAAUUCAUGGGACAAAAUAAUACUAAUCCUGAAGAAAUUAAAAUGCUUGCUGAGGAAGUUUUAAGUAAAAAUGUACACAAAACUGAAGACCAGGUUCGAGAACUGGCGAAUAAUAUUAGAGAUGCUCUACAUAGAUUGAAAAAUACUGACCACAUUAUAGAAGAAACUAAAAAUGAUUUAGACAAAGUUAACCGCCUGAAACAAGACGCUGAAUAUGCAAAGUCAAAUGCCACAGAGUUAUUAAAUAAUGCUGAAGCAGUGAAUCAAUCUUUAAAUAAAACGCAAGAUGCCCAACAGGAAGCAAUCAAUGCAAUAGACAAGGCGUGGAGUGACUAUGAAAAUAUAACCAAUAUUUUGAAAGAGAUUGGAUCAAAAACGAAAGCUGCCGAAGGAAAUAAUAUUAAACGCAGAUUGGAAUAUUUGCAGCAAAAUAUAACUGCGCUUCAAAAAAAUAUCACUGAUAGUGAAAAUUCCGCAAGUAGGACAAUCGAAGAAUCAGAAAACACCCUCAAGAAGGCAGAAAAAACGCGUUCGGAUUCUGAGGAGUUGCAAGGCAAAUACAAAACUGCUCGGCAUCGUUUAACUGACACACUAAUUAAGGUUGAUAAAACUAAAGGACGAGCUAAAGAUUUAUCAAAGAAAGCGUUGGACUUAGUUGAAAAAGUAAAUAAUAAUAAAAACAAAAUUCAAGAGCUUAAAGAGAGCAGUCAAGAUUCAGAUUUGGAUGACUUGGAGAAGAAACUGAAAAGUUUAAUAGACCAAAUGAAUAGCUAUACCGAAACUUUAGAAACUAAGGUUGGAUUUUAUAAAACUUGUUCCUAGUAAAACUAUUUGCAAAUUUUUUCACUGCCUUUAGGAUAUUGCAAACUGUAGUCAUUAUAGUCAUACAGGAAUUAGUUGUACAUAAUAUUUUUAUACAGAUUUUUUGAUAAUUUUUGCUGCUGCGAUAAUAACAUUAAAAAGCUAUCAUUUACUUGGCCAAUUUCAGCUACCUACUUUCAUAAUAAUGAGUUUUCUGAUGAAAAGACAUUUCACAUAAAGCAUGAUCUUGAUACCUGUAAAUAAAGUUGGUAAUUUAUUAAUUAUAUUCAUUAUAGCUCAUAAGGAUCAAAUAAUGGCUACAUAAAUUGUCACAAGUAUGUUUGUAAAUAUACACAAGGAUUUUGACCUUGUCAGUAAAAAUAAUGCCUACAUUUUUAAUGACGACUACCUUAUAAUUAAAUAGGUAUAUAGAGCAUAAAAUGCAUAAUGAGUAAACCGACAUUUCCCAUUAAAUACUUGGUUUUGUAGUUUUGUUUUUAAAUUUUAAGUUUUUGUAUAGCAUUGUUUAUUUCUGCGGGUAAUUCCAUAGAUGCAUAAGGUGUAACAUUAAUGUCUUUUAUUUCAAUUCACUGAACUUCAGGUGCUUUAAGUGCUACUGCUAAUUUGUAAAUAACAAUAAAUUAUUACACGUUUCAGAAA